AUGAGGAUAAGAGAUAAAAUGAAGGGAAUGGUGGAUGAUCUGGUAGUUGAUAUCGUGGGUUUCUCUGGAGGGAUAUGGUUAUUAUGGAACUCUUCAUGCAAUACGGUCGAAGAGAAAGAUAGGUCAUUUCAACACUUGCAUGUAUCGGUGGAACAAGGGACUACGAAGUGGAUGUCCACAGCUGUCUAUGGCAACCCGGCUCUUAUCCAGCGUCGGGGGCUGUGGAACUCUCUUAGGGACAUCGCAGAGGAUAUAUCUGACCCUUGGCUAGUGGCGGGAGACUUCAACUCGAUCCUCUAUGCUUCUGAAAAAUCGGGUGGAGCCCCUUUUGACGCUAGCAGGGUUAGAGAUUUUCAAGAUUGUGUCCUCGAUGCAGGGCUGAUUGACCUGGGAUUCUCGGGGCCACCUUUUACGUGGUUCCAUGCGGGCAAAAAGGAGAGGAUUGAUCAAGGGAUGGUGAAUGCUGCUUGGCACUCCGCUUUCCCAGAGAGCUUGGUGCAACACCUCCCAAAAAUCAAGCCGGACCACCGACCUCUCUUAGUCCACAUGAACUCAUCCUACCAGCCUGCUGGGCCGAAACCGUUCUGCUUUCUAGCUGCCUAG